GUGUCCGAGAGUCUCUCUCUCACUGCUGAGAUCGAUCAACCAGAUAUUUUCGGUUUUUCAAAGCAGUAUUUAUUCCAUCACAAGUUCACAACUCAAGUCACAUUAGAGUUAGUUACUACACAUGACAAUGAAAGGAGGACAGAGAAAGAACCUUCUAUACACAAACAAUAUUCUGUGCAUCCUUUUGCUUCAAUGGCUUGAUCUCUCCUUAGUAAAGAGUGCUAAGGUUCCGGCGAUCAUAGUGUUCGGCGACUCAUCCGUGGAUGCCGGGAACAACAACUUCAUAUCGACGGUUGCUCGGAGCAAUUUCCAGCCGUAUGGACGUGAUUUUCUGGGUGGGAAGCCAACUGGGAGAUUCAGCAAUGGUAGAAUAGCAACUGAUUUCAUAUCAGAAGCAUUUGGUAUCAAACCAUACAUACCAGCAUACUUGGACCCUAGCUUUAACAUCUCACAGUUUGCAACUGGUGUCUCCUUUGCUUCUGCUGCUACUGGUUAUGAUAAUGCCACUUCAGAUGUCCUGUCAGUUAUACCAUUGUGGAAGCAAUUGGAGUACUAUAAAGAAUACCAAAAAAAGCUAGGUGCCUAUCUUGGAGAAAAAAAGGCAAAAGAGACAAUUACAAAAGCAUUGUACAUAAUAAGUCUAGGAACAAACGACUUUCUAGAGAAUUAUUAUACAAUUCCUGGCAGGGCAUCUCAAUACACACCUAGUGAGUAUCAAAAUUUUCUUGCUGGAAUAGCUCAAAAUUUCAUCCACAAACUUUAUGAUCUUGGUGCUAAGAAAAUAUCCCUAGGAGGUUUACCUCCAAUGGGAUGCUUGCCUUUGGAGAGAACUACUAAUUUUGCUGGUGGGAAUGAUUGUGUGUCCAAUUACAAUAAUAUUGCAUUGGAAUUCAAUGGUAAACUCAAUAAAUUAACCACAAAAUUGAAGAAGGACCUUCCUGGGAUCAGAUUGGUGUUUUCAAAUCCCUAUGAUGUUUUGUUGGGUGUUGUUAAAAAACCUGGCCAAUAUGGGUUUCAAGUAGCCUCAAUGGCUUGUUGUGCUACUGGAAUGUUUGAGAUGGGAUAUGCAUGUAGCAGGGCUAGUCUUUUCAGUUGUAUGGAUGCUUCUAGAUAUGUAUUUUGGGACUCAUUCCACCCAACAGAGAAAACAAAUGGCAUUGUUGCAAACUACUUGGUGAAGAAUGCAUUAGCUCAGUUUUUGCAUUAGGAAAUUAUUUUGAGUUUUAUGUAUGUGAUAAUAAGAUAGUGUCAAUUAUGUAUGUGUUUUUUAAAUGGAUUUCUUUAAUAAUUUCUACAUUUGAAUUGUUUGAAGACUAUGUAGUAAAAUGGUCUUUGUUUA